AUGGAGAACAUCCAAGUUGUGGUCAGAAUCAGGCCUUCCAAUGGCGCUGAAAGAGACAAUAAUGAUUUGGAAAUCUGGUCAGUUCAGAACCAAGACACGAUUACAAUUUCAAAUGAUAGAUUCAAUGAUUUAGUAAGAAUGAGGAAGUUCGUCCCUGGAUAGAGAGUGGAAUUUACAUUUAACUAAUGUUUUGAUUCCAAACACACCACCAAAUUUAUUUAUUAAUAAUAAAUUUAGAGGAUUACUCUAUCAUCUUUGUAAGGCAUUAAUGGCACCGUAUUCAUGUACGGUUAGACUGGGAGUGGUAAAACAUACACUAUGAUGGGUUACGAUUAGGAGGAAGGCAUUCUAAAACAAGGAUUGAAGGAUUUGUUUGGAGAAAUAGCAAAGCAAUCUGAUAGAUAAUAUUUCUUAAGGUGUAGUUAUGUUGAAAUCUAUACUGAUUAAGUCUAUGACUUAUUGGCUACUCAAGAGAGAUUGAGUGAAACUUUACUGAUCAAUGAGGAUUACAAUAAAGAGUUUGUAAUCAAAGGAGCAAUCGAGGAAGUAGUGACCAACAUUAAUGAAAUCAUGGACAUCCUCUAAUUUGGAGAAAGCAACAGGCAUUAUGCUUCAACAGUGAUGAACCAUUGCAGUAGUCGAUCUCACACGAUUUUUAGAUUGUAUGUCAGAUGUGUUCCCAAUUACAUUGGACCUAAUUCAGUAAUUACAGAGUCAAUUCUGAAUUUUGUGGAUUUGGCAGGAUCUGAAAAGAUCAAUAUCCAUGAUUCAAUGCUUAAGAAGAGAGGCACAUCAGCUGGUGGGAAUGGAGGAACCCAAUACAAGGAUAGAUAGAAUGAAUCAAAACAUAUUAAUAAGAGUCUAUUCUUUUUAACUUAAGUCAUUUCAUUGAGAGCCCAGGAUAAAAACGAUCAACAUAUUCCCUAUAGAAAUUCACCCCUAACCAAAAUAUUGCGAUCUUCUUUGGGGGGUAAUUCCAGAACUGCUAUCAUUCUUUGUGUUAAUCCAUGUUAUAGUUAAUUUGAAUAGACAUUAUCCACUUUGAGAUUUGGUACAAAUGCUAAGAAGAUUGAAAAUAAUGUGUCUAAGAACAUUGUUGGAUUCGAUAAUGACGAGAGUCUCAAUAGAGUAAUUAAGGAUUAUGAAAUCAAAAUUAAUGAACUACAAAGAGCUAGAGUUGAUGAUAAGUAAUAACAAGAGAUGAUGUUGAAGAUUAUUGAGAAGCUAGAAGAAUAAAGGAAGAUAUUUAGAUAAUAGUUUACAGCCUCUGAUCAUAUUCAAGCUAUGAUUAAUAAGGAACUCAAUUAUCAAUGGACUCAUUUGCAUUAUCAUGGAGUUGGGGUUUUAUGGGUGCCUGAAAAAGGAACCAAGGAAAUGGAAGUCAAACAAGAUGUAAUAGAUUCUUUUGGAACUAUUAAAAAAUAUUAGAGAUUAUAAGAAGAGUUAUUUAUUUUAAAAUCAGAAAAACAAAGUUUGGAAAAUUAGGUUAUGGAUUUAAAGUAGAAACAAUAAGAGACAGUAGUUUAAACAAAAAAGAGAUAUGCUAAUUAAAAAGCAAAGACGAGGAAAUAUAAGUAAUUAAGCAAGGAUUUAUAAGAUGAAAAAAACAAAUUGUAGAAAAUAGCUCUUUGCUAUCACAAUAUGAUAGAAAUGGAUGAAAUGAUGUUGUUGAACAAUGAUACUUUAGAUCAAAUGACUGAAAAUUUACAGAUUUUGAUGCAGAACAUUUAUAAAGUGAAGUUAAGAAAGGAAACCAAAUCGAAGGGGGAGAACUCUGAAACACUAAAAUUAGUAACCUCGUAACCAAUUAAGUAUCCUAAGUAUCUAUUUGAUACAUCUGCGGUUAACGUUUUAUUUUGGGAUGUUGCUGAUAACAAGACAACUGAAGAGUAGAAUAAAAGCGAAAUUGAGUCAUUUUAGAGUUACUUUUAAUCUCAACUAAACAUGAGCAGUCCAUCUUAUAUAGAAUUGUAGGCAAGUAGUUAAUAAAUUAAGGAACCUUUGAAACACAUUUGUUCUCAUGAGAAGAGUAGUUAGAGUAGGAUUGGGAAAGAGAAUUACGAGCCAUUCUUAAAAAGAAAUUUGAGCAUGGAAGUGUCUGAUGAAUUAAAUUUUCGUAGUUACUUUAGGUGA